UGGAAUUAAUAUUUUGUGUUUGCACAUAAUACAUUUGAAAAUAGAAUAUCAUGAUACGAUUGCUCUAUCAUCUAUUAGUUUUGAUGCAGUGUUUUUUAAUGGUGGGCCCUUUUAGCGGUACCCUCUGGGGUGCCAUAUGUAUGUACGUAUAGCCAGGCCUGAACGCAGUCAGCACCAAGCAGCGCGAUAUCCCAGCGGCCAUGUUGUUAUUCAAACGACUCGGAUGUAUUGAAUUCUCCCAACCAAAACUUCUCUGCGAAGAAGUAAUAUUUCGACAGGAUUUCUUUUGCAUACUAUUCCCAGAAGUUUAAUCUAGGUCGGUACGGAGGCCGAUUUUGCAAUUUCGUCCAAAACAAUUUUAUGAACUGAAAACUAACAUUUCUUAUAGAAGAAAAUUUUUCGCGUCCCACUUUUACAAAAACGGCCUCCGUACCGACCUAGAUUAAACUUCUGAGAGUAGUAUGCAAAAGAAAUUUUGUCGAAAUAUUACUUCUUCGCAGAGGAGUUUGGUUGGGAGAAUGUGUGUUUUGUCGUAGCAUCCUAUUUACCGUCCUUGUCUCUCCUAACCAAAAACACAGUUAGUAGACAGAGAACAUUCGACGAACUUCACACCGCUCGAUCUAGUGAAUUUCAUUACGCUUAAGUUGGCAACGAAUCCCAGCACACAACCACACAACAGUAGAUAACCCAUUCAGUGGAAAGCAGAAGGUAACUGUUGACUGCAAUUGGUAUGGAGUCAUCUGAAGCUAGUAGAGUUCUAAAAAUCCUGUCUUCUAAUUGGAUGUUGAGAUUUUGUAUUACAAGAUACGAUUGGUUGGAAUAGGCAUUAUACGAACUUGAUUAUGAUUAUAUUUAUAUAGUCAUGGGGAGUGACAGAAGCAGGACAAAAAGGAAAUCUGGCGAAAUAGAGGAAUAUCAUUCGAAACGUGCAAAAGGAAAAAAGAAUGGUUUUCAUUUUACGGAAGAGUGUAAAACUGGCAAAAUACAGAAAAUUCUAAUACGAAAUUUUAUGUGCCAUGAUGCUUUGGAAGUAACAUUAAAUCCAAAUGUAAAUUUUAUUGUUGGUCGUAAUGGAAGUGGUAAAAGUGCGAUAUUAACAGCUUUGACAGUUGGUCUUGGUGCUAGAGCAAAUAUUACUAGUCGUGGAGCAUCUGUUAAAAAUUUUAUAAAAAAAGGGAAAAAUUCUGCAAUAAUUGAAGUAAUGUUACUUAAUAAAGGACCUAUGGCUUAUAAUUCAGAUGUUUAUGGUGAUACUAUAACAAUUGUCCGCAGUAUUGGAAGUUCAUCAGCUUACAAAAUAAAAAAUUGGAAAGGAGAAUUAAUAUCAACAAAACGAAAUGAACUAGAUAAUAUAUUGCAAGCAAUGAAUAUUCAAAUAGAUAAUCCUAUUGCUAUAUUAAAUCAAGAUAUAUCAAGGACAUUUUUAGUAUCAUCUAAACCCGAAGAGAAAUAUGAACUAUUUAUGAAAGCAACACUCCUGGAUAAAAUUGGUAAUAAUUACAAAGAAGCUGAAUUAGUAUGUCAAGAAGAACAUGAAAAGUUAAAACAUUAUACAGAAACUUUAUCUGAGGCAAGAAAAGAAGUGGAGCAACUUAAACUAAAUAUAAAAAGGGCAGAGGAAAUUGAUAAAUUGCGCGAAGAAGUUGUUAAUCUCGACAUGGAAUUAUUUUGGGCUAUUGCCAUAGUAGAGGAAACGAAAUUACAACAAGUUGAGAAAGUUUUUAGAAAAUGUGAGGACAAUUUAAAACAACUUCAAGAUACUGAAUCAUCUACGGAAUUAAAAGAAGACGAAAUAAAUAAAAAAAUCCAAUCAUUGGAACAAGAAAUUGAACAGGCAGCACAGGAAAUCAGCAAUAGUUCUGAGGCAAUUAAUAAAGUAAAACAAGAAUGCGUUGAAAACAGAGAUGCGUAUUCCAAUAAAAUACGCGAAUGGCGUUUUGCACAAAGUAAAAUUAAAAGAUUAGAGGAUGAUAUUAAGAUGAUCCAAAAGGAAAUAAAACGAUUAGAAUGUGGAGAUAAUGCCGAACAGAAUGAAAGGAAACAAAUGAAACAACAAUUAGCAGAUUUAGAAGAAAAGUUGGAUGAGAUUGAGGCGUUAUUACGGACUAAGGGAAAUUUUCAAAUGCAUUUAGAAAAUGAAAAAAUGCGUCUUUUGAAAGAAAUACAAGUUUCAAAACAUGAAAUUAACAACUGUGAAAAUCGAAUGCAAAAAAUUAAGCGAGAAUUAAAUGCAAGAAAACAAUAUACUGAUAAUGCGUUCGCUGUAUUUGGCCGAAAUAUACCACGGUUAUUGAGAAGGAUUGAUGAAGCAUUUGAAAUUGGACAGUUUAAAGAGAAGCCGCGCGGACCAUUAGGAGCGUACAUAAAAAUGAAGGAUUUAGCCUGGGCUCCUGCCGUUGAAAAUUAUUUAGGGCCUGAUAUUUGCAGCACAUUUUGUGUAGAUAAUAGUCACGAUGCUAAAUUAUUAAAUUUAAUUAUGCAGGAAAUUUAUCUAAAUGAAAGAACCCCGCAGAUAAUAUGCAGUAAAUUUUAUAAAUCGGUUCAUGAUGUUCGUGCUCAUUGCGUUUCUUCGCCUAAGUAUUCUAACCUUCUAAAUGUGAUGGAUAUAUCAGAUCCGGUUGUUACUAACUGCUUAAUUGAUCAACGCGAAGUUGAAUGUGUUUUGUUAAUUCCAACUAAUGUUGAAGCAGCUGAUAUUAUGUCAGAUGUUACUAAGGUACCACAGAAUUGUAAAAGAGCUUUUACUCUGACAGCUGAUACCUUUUAUCCUGACCCUUGUUAUAGAAGUUAUGGUGGACCUCAUAACUUAAAAGCUAACUUUCUUCAGGUGUCUGUUAGAGAUACAAUUAAUGCACUGGAAGAAGAGUUUCGUACUAUAGAUAACGAAAAAAAUACUACGAUGAAAACAUAUACCACAAUUUGUGAAAAAGAAAAACGUAUAAGUGCCGAGUUAAUAUCUGUUAGUGCAUCAAUUACAGAACUUAAUACUGCUCAGGAUAAAUACAAGACAUUAAUUAAUGAUUUAAAAGACAAAAUUGAAUCUAACGAAACUGUUUCUAUCACUUUAUUCAAAAAUGAACUAAAUGAAUUAGAAAAAAAGAUACAAGAGGAGAAACGUGUAGAAUCACGUUUAAAUAAAGAUGUUAAUAAACAUAAAAAAAAUGUUGAACGUUCAGAAGAAGAAAUUAAACGUUCCAGGGAAUUAAGACAGAAUUUGGACUCAAAAAUUAAUCUUUUGAAGGAAAAUAUAAAAGAACUAAUAAAUGAAAAAGAAGCGAUGCAUGCAAAGAGCCGGCAUGCUGCAAAAAAGUUAGAGGCAUUACGACAUGCUUUACAAAAUGCAACAGCGGAAUUUGAAAUACAGCAAAGAUGCACAACAAAGGCAGUAUCUGAUGCUACUGCUCGAUGCGCAAAAAUAAAUACUAAAAGAUCGGUUAAUGAACUUGAAAGAUUGUCUAAAGAUUUGAAAGCUAAAAUUCGCGAAAUAGAGUUGCGGUUUGGAACUAUAGAUAAAUUACGCAAAGAAUUGAAGGAUAAAGAAGCAAAGAUGGGUAAAAAUUUAGAAUUGACUAAUAAAAUUGAGAAAAAUUAUAAGUUACAUCUUCAACGACUGCAAACACGGAAAGAAUCAUUUUCUAACUUAAAGCAUAUGCAUGGAAUAAACAUUCAAAAUUCAUUUUCAAAUGUACUCGCUUUACGAAAUAAGAAGGGUACUAUAAACAUUGAUCAUGGCCGAAAAAUACUUGAACUUGUAGUGAACUCCCAAAAUGAUAAUAAAAAAUCAAUAAAUGAUGCAAGAUCAUUGUCGGGUGGUGAAAGGUCGUAUUCGACUGUUGCUUUCAUUUUAGCACUUUGGGACUGUACUAAUUUACCAUUUUACUUUCUUGAUGAAUUCGAUGUUUUCAUGGAUAAAGUAAAUCGACGAGUCGUAAUGGACAUCCUUUUGGAUCAUGCGAAAACGCAUCCACAAAGUCAAUUCAUAUUUUUAACUCCGUUAGACACGUCUAAUGUGUUAGCUGAGGAUUACAUAACAAUCCAUCAGUUAGCAGAACCAGAAAGAACAGGGUAAAAUUUAUAUCAAUAUUUCAUAAGAGAAAUGUUACUUCUACAAUAAUAGAUACAUAAUAAUGCAUAGAACUACGUAAAAUGUUGUAAUGAUUGAUACUGUUACAAAAGUUUAUAACUAGAAAAGUAAAAAUAAGUAAAAAAAAUAUAUUUUUGUAACUUUACGAUUAACGUUAAGAAACAGUAAUUUAACAGGUUUAAAUUGGUUUUUGUCAUAAUUGUUAAGUUCAGGAAAAUUCAGGAAAAUAAUUUAUUUAAAAUACAUGUAGUUUUAUUUAUCAAGUUAUAUGGUACUUUAUUCUGUAGAAAAAGAUGUACAGAUAAGUAGUUUAUAAAUAGUGAU